UAAAACAAUGAAACAAUAUGCUGGUCGAAUUGCGUUCUGCACUGUGUAGUUUAAACACAUUCACAGCUCUGUCACAUCUUAUCAUAUAUAUGACACAGUUUCGGUCUUCAUCAGUGCAAUACAUUUACAACGACCCAAACCCGGCAGACAUUUAAAUAUAUCUAGUACUCCUGAUUACUUUCAUUUUCACAACACUUCUGGGGUCUGUAGGGCGGCACCGUAUCAAAAUGAAACUGAAGCUGUGCUCUUUAAUAACUGACUCGUUAAAAUUGUUUUGCAGAGAAGAAAUACAACUACCUGAGGGACAAGUGGUUUCGAAAACACAGACAUGGGCUCGCGUGAAAGUAAAAGAAACAGUAAUGAUUUUGAACCACUGGACAGGUCUGCAGACUCUGACAGAAGGGAUGACCAGGAGGAAACAGAGAGGAGAUCAGAAAUGGUCCCGACUCCAGAGAGAAGCAGAAAUAAUCACAUUGAUCUACUGGACUUGUCUGGAGACUCUGACAGUGGAGCCAACCACGAGGAGAUGGAGGAGAAACUGAGAGAGAUAGGGGAGUGGUGGAUGGAGUGGUCGAUGAAGAAGUCCCUCAGAACGAUGAAGGAGAAAAUGGAGAGAGAGAUGGAGGAGAGGCUCAAAGAGAUGAAAAAGAAACAGCUGCGGUUUGAGAUACUCAUAUGGAGGAGGAAGGAGAUAAAGAAGCAACUAAAGGAGAUGGAGAAGACAGAGAGGAGUGAGAUACAGGAGAUACUGGAAGUGACUGAGAAGGAACUGAGGCUGCAGAUGGAGAAACAGAUGAGGAAGAUGGAGAGCAUGAAUCUUGAAGAGAUGCGCAGUAUAAUCGAGCGCCUGAAGGAGAAUAUCCAGGAGUAUGAAAAUGAGAAGCUGCUGAUUGAAAAUCUCAUCAGAGAACUCAAUGGGAUUGCUGAUGAACUGGACGGGGUCGACAGGAAGGCUACCAUCGCUAAGACUGCAGGGAGCUCUGUUGGCAUAGUCGGGGGGAUCUUGGGCAUUGUAGGGUUAGCUCUGGCUCCUUUUACAUUUGGAGCCACCACUGCACUGAGCAUUGCAGGGACUGUUGUUUCUGCAGCUGGGGGAGUCACCAGUGUUGGUGCAGGAAUAGGAAAGUUUGCAGAUGAUAAAAAGUACAACAAGAGAGUAGAGGAAAAAGUGAAAGAAAUUAAAUCUAUAAUAGAAGAUCUUGGUAAAUCGUGCAAUGAUGCAAUUUCACCAUCUAGUUGUCAUACAGAGAAUGCAGCUGCUUUUUUAAAAGGCAUUUUAAAGCCACGUGAUGCUGCUGAUGCUGUUGGAAAAGCUAGUACUGCUGUUGGUGUUGUUGGUGGUGUUACUGGUUGUGUUCGUUUUGGUUUUCGUACUGCUGUAGGCCUGGUUGAUGAUGUCGCUGGUGUUGCAGCUCAUACUGCUGUAGGCCUGGUUGAUGAUGUCGCUGGUGUUGCAGCUCGUACUGCUGUAGGCCUGGUUGAUGAUGUCGCUGGUGUUGCAGCUCGUACUGCUGUAGGCCUGGUUGAUGAUGUCGCUGGUGUUGCAGCUCGUACUGCUGUAGGCCUGGUUGAUGAUGUCGCUGGUGUUGCGGCUCGUACCACUGUAGGCCUGGUUGAUGAUGUCGCUGCUGCUGGUGCUCGUGCUGCUGUAGGAGUGGUUGAUGAUGUUGCUCCUGCAGUGGUCAAAAGUCUAGGCAUAGUUGGAGGUGUUGUUGCUGGAGUCUGUGUAAUUCUGGAUGCCGUGUACAUUGGUUUAAAUUCCAAAAAACUUCAUGAAGGGCUUCCAACUGAAAGAGCACAAGAGAUUCGCAAGGUGGUGGAAAAUUUCGAAGCAGCUCUAGCAGAAAUGAACAAGUUCUAUUCAGAUAUAAAGAGGAUUUUAAAGAUCUAAGUCUGCAGUGGCUGUGGAGGAGGCUGCACUCAGAAGAGAUUCUCUUGUCAGAUCUGCAGCUGCUGCUCUAUCAACAACAGUGCAAACAGCUCUGACAAUAAAACAACAACAGGAAUGAAAUAAUCAAUCUCUUCUGAGUGCAGGAUCCUCUGGCUCUCUUGUCUCCAGUUCUGGGUAGUUCUCUUGAGGCUCUGCAGCAGUACCUGAGCUGGACACACCCUGCUUCUUUACUGUUACAUAUUUUGAGUUGUUAUUUCUUAUCACAUGAUGUGCCUUUAAACAUAUCUGAAUGUAAUUUGAAAUCGCUACUUGCAUUUAUCUGCUCUCUUUUUACUGUAUAUAAUCCUGCACCUUAAACUGAGCACGCUCCCCAAUCUGUGGUAUUUUGUACUUCACCUGAUUUAUUCCACUGCACUUGUAUACUGUCCUGAUGUCACUAUCACUGACACUGUGAUCUGCUCUAAUGAGCCGCACCAUAUUGAACUGUACUGAGUUUUCUACUGGUUCUUAUUGGGGCUGAAGUCAUUGUCUUUUGUAUCUUGCUCUUAAAUUAUAUUGUGAUUCUUGUAUUGUGAUUCUUUACAACUGUAACUGGGUAAGAGCGUCUGCUAAUAAAUCAAUAAUCACUUAUAAUCAAUAUUGUAUAAUACAUUCCCAGUCUAUAUAUCUUUGUACUUUUCAGUUGUAAUAAUAAAUGUAUGCAU